AGCGCCGUCCGAAACAGUUUAUUUCCUAAACAUAGAAGCUCUUGAGGUUUGAUAGUCUUCCAAAACUUGGACACAAUCCUUUGGCAUCGUUUACUGUUGGGAACAAAAAUUUUAUUUUAAAAACCUGCUGUAAGACGAUACAUACUUUUAAAAUGCCUGACGCUAAAAACGCUGGGAAAACAACAAAUGGAAACCGUGUGGCCUAUAAGGACAAAGAAAAACCGACAGAAAUAAGAUUUACAAAUAUAAAUGCAGCAAAAGCUGUUGCGUCCGCCAUUCGGACAAGCCUGGGUCCAAAAGGAAUGGAUAAAAUGAUACAAAGUGGAAAUGGUGAUGUGACUAUUACAAAUGAUGGAGCAACAAUUUUGAAACAAAUGCAAGUCUUUCACCCAGCAGCAAAAAUGUUGGUUGAGUUGUCCAAAGCUCAAGAUGUUGAAGCUGGUGAUGGAACUACCACUGUUGUUGUUAUUGCUGGGAGCUUACUGGAUGCUGCUGCUCGCUUGCUUGAAAAAGGUAUUCAUCCAAUGAUUAUAUCAGAUGCAUUUGGUGUAGCAUGUGAAAAAGGGGUUGAAAUAUUACAAAAUAUCGCUAUCCCUGUUGAGUUAAAUGAUAGGGAAUCUCUGCUCAAAAGUGCUUCAACAUCAUUGAGUUCAAAGGUGGUAUCUCAAUAUUCAAAUCUUCUUGCUCCAAUAUCUGUGGAUGCAGUGCUAAAAGUGAUUGAUCCUAAGACUGCUAGCAAUGUAAAUCUUAAAGACAUAAGAGUUGUAACAAAAUUAGGAGGUACAGUUGAAGAUACUGAAAUGAUUGAUGGUCUAGUUUUGGAACAAAAGAUAUCACAUUUAGCUGGUGGGGUGACUACGAUGGAGAAAGCGAAAAUUGGUCUUAUUCAGUUUUGUUUAUCAGCUCCUAAAACUGAUAUGGAUAAUCAAGUUAUUGUAUCAGAUUAUACACAAAUGGAUCGUGUGUUACGUGAAGAAAGGCAGUACAUCCUAGAUUUAUGUAAAAAGAUUAAAAAAACUGGAUGUAAUGUCUUACUGAUUCAAAAGUCUAUAUUGAGAGAUGCAAUUAAUGACUUGGCCUUGCAUUUCUUGACAAAAAUGAAGAUAAUGGUUGUCGAUAUAGAGCGAGAUGAAGUUGAAUUUAUAUGCAAGAGUCUUGGAUGUAGACCUGCAGCAAGCGUGGAUCACUUUACAUCUGAUAUCUUAGCAUCGGCAGAACUUGUUGAAGAAGUUUCCACUGGUGCUGCUAAAGUAGUUAAGGUUACUGGUAUAUCAAAUCCUGGUAAGACUGUUAGUAUAUUAGUACGUGGUUCAAAUAAGUUGGUUCUUGAAGAGGCUGAACGUUCGCUGCAUGAUGCAUUAUGUGUGGUCCGUUGUCUUGUUAAAAACAGAGCUUUGAUAGCUGGCGGUGGAGCACCUGAAACUGAACUCUCGCUUAAUCUCGCACAAUAUGCAAAUACACUCUCUGGCAUGGAUUCCUACUGUGUUCGUGCAUAUUCUGAAGCUCUAGAGGUUGUUCCUUACACUUUGGCAGAGAAUGCCGGACUCAAUCCCAUUGCUACUGUUACUGAACUGAGAAAUAAGCAUGCGCAAGGGGAAAAGAACGCUGGCAUUAAUGUUCGUAAGGGAACCAUAACAAACAUAAUUGAUGAGAAUGUACUACAACCAUUAUUGGUUUCAAUGAGUGCCCUUACUCUUGCCUCAGAGACUGUUCGAAGCAUUCUUAAAAUAGAUGAUAUUGUUAAUACGCGAUAACAUCGGGAUCUACUGGAUGCCCUAUCGUUUUCAUAUAAUAAAUUACAUCGUUAAUGUUUAUGAAAGUGAAUAAAUCAAGUAGUGGAAAGGGAUGUUUUUGAUGCUGUUUGUUUUAAAUUAAAUUUGAAAAGCGAUGAAAACUUUUAAUGACUGACUCGCUGCUAACAGCGCAACUCUAAACUACUGUUAGAGAAACUAGUUGUAGAAACUACUGUUAAUGAUUUUCUCAGUAUAUUUGCACCACAUUAAACAUGUUUAACCUGCA